UCAACCACCCAAUAUAACGUGUUCCAAUCAAACCAUUCUGCUUGGCAACGUUGUAUCCAAUUAUGAUGUGAUCGUUUCUGAUAACGUUGAUGAGCAAUCGUCUCUUCUGGUAAAUUAUGCUCCAAAGAGACCAGGUCAAAGGUUGGAUCUCGGCAUCAAUGAAGUAUCAGUGAAUGUUACAGACUUAGCAGGGAAUAUCAAUAACGCAAUCUGCUAUAUCGAUAUACAAAUGACCGAAUUGCCGGUCGAUGUUAUAGAUGCAAUAGCUGUUUCUACGGGAGGCACAUCCUUUCUUUCUUUUAAUUACCGCUUGAACGAAGACCUAACUGUCCACAAUUUCUCAUUCUAUGGUGAUGGAAUAGAUGAAUCAAUAUUUGUAAAUGGAGAAGGACCGCAAUUAGGAGUUUUAUCAAAUGAAGUCAACAACAUCGUGAUAAAUGCAACAGAUGGAGUGCUGUCCAAGACAUUUCAGUUUGUACUAACUGUUGAAAGCAAUCAAACAGUAAGUCGGAUCCUCUCUGGAAACGUUACUUUGGCAAGGAUUGGUGACAAUGUUGCUAGUUUUACAGACGAUCUAAUGGAUAAUUCGACCACAAUCUAUAUUGACACCGCAAAGAAGGUUCAAGCACAGCUCGAUAUGGUAUUUAGAAACACAUCAGGUUUCAUCGCUUCAAGAGUCACAUCAUUUAGGCCUGGAAGUGUUAUUGCCGUUUUCAUACUUAUUUACGAUUCAUCAUCGAGUGUAACUGCUGAAGAGGCUACUGACAUAUUUAGAAAUGCAAUAACGUCAAAUGAUGAGGUCAAUCCCGGUUCAGGACUCUACCUUUCUUCAAGUUCAAGCUUCUUCAUUUCUUUUCCCUGUGGACACAUCAUCUGUGAAAAUGAUGGAAUAUGUAUAACAAAUGAUGGAUCGGAGCCAAUAUGCAGGUGCACGGAUGAUUGGACGGGGGAUCGAUGUGAAAUACCCAAUGCACAGCCAAACCUUGUUGGGAUAAUCGUCGGAACAACAACAAGUGCUCUUUUCUUGAUCAUUGUGACUAUCUCCUUGGUUAUGAUUGCUGUGAGAAAUAGAAUGAUUAGGAUGUACCAGAGUAGCCAGGAUCUGUCCGACUCGGCACCAACAUAUUUGACGUCUCACAGAGACUACAGUAAUGAAUCACGAGGAAAACCCAUUGUACGUCACAAUGAACAAGAAGAAACUAAGAUGGACUAUUCAUAUUGGAAUUAUGCGAUGGAUAAGGACUUAGUUCUGUUCAAUAAAUACAAGAGCAGACAGCAAAGGAGACCCAGUCAAAAUUUUAGGACAAGGCCGUAUUCCACUCGACGUUCGCCGGUAGGUGUGCUUAUUUAUCAGGAAUAA